AUGAAUUUUUAUCCCCCUCCUCCGAUCAUCCAAGCCGAGAUUUAUAUUCGCAUUCCGGAUUCUCUACGCCGCACCGGCCAGCAAACCGAAUGGCGCCCCGGAUCCGCCAACCCGGCUUCGGACAUUCUCCUAGAGGGCCCAAUUUAUGUCUCCAACGGCGAUCUAUACCUCGUCGAUGUCCCUUACGGCCGAACCCUGAAGCCAAAUGAGCUGGUGGUCCGAGAGGAUGGGUGUAUUGUGGUGGCAGACUACAAGCUGGUACAGUACAAUUCCCCCCUCCAACUUGCAUCCUAUAACGAACUUCAACUCCUAACCACGCCACUGCAACAUGGUCUCCUUCUUUUCGACCCCUCAACCAACAAAAUCUCACCCCUUCUCAACUAUCGCAACCUCGAACGCUUUAAAGGCCCCAAUGAUUUGAUUGUCUCGUUCACCAAUGACAUUUACUUCACCGACCAAGGCCAGACCGGCAUGUCUGACCCCACCGGAUGCGUCUACCGGCUCUCAGCCACAGGGAAACUCGACUGUCUGAUUCCCAACGGGGUUUUCCCAAACGGCUUAGUCCUCUCCCCGGACGAGCGGUUCCUAUACGUGGACAUGACCCGGUCCAACGCCGUCUGGAGACUUCAGCUGCAUGCGGACGGCACCACCAGCAAGGUGGGCUUGUUCUUCCAGACCUUCGCGUGUGCGGGGCCUGACGGACUGGCUGUUGACGAAGAGGGAAACCUGUUCGUUUGUCAUCCGAGCCUGGCGUCGGUGUUCGUUGUAGAAAAGGAGGGUGUACCCAAGGCGAGGAUCGUGAGUGCCCCUGACGGAGGGAGGAAUCUGACAAACUGCACGUUUGGAGGCCCGGAUGGAAAGACUUGUAGUGUACGGUGGCCUUGCAGGAGGGUGCCAAGUUCGAAGAUGGCAAAUGUUAAUUAA